AUGGCUAUCCGUCAAUUGAGCACGAUCGAGCCGUAUCCACCAUAUGGUCCCUUACUGAAAUGGUGUGGCAGGAAACUCUCACGCAUGCAGAUAAGGAAAGAUAAGAGGAGAGUUACAAUGUGGCAAUUGGCGAUCCUUAUAUUUUGUUUGCUCAAGUUAUGUGAACGCCAUAAGGAAUAUGGCUAUGAAUGUAAGUACAGCUGUGAGGAGUUUGAUCCCUUGAUCAAGACUUACGUGUCAUCAUCACCACAACUGUCGAAUGACAACUUGGUUUAUUCCGGUGGUAAGCUUAAAGAAAGCAUCACUGAAUUGGAUUGGGAUGCACUUGUGCUCAAAUCGGAACUCCCAGUAAUGGUUACGUUCACAGCUGAGUGGUGCAUACCAUGUGGUGUGAUAUUGAUCCCAAAACUGAACGAAAUGGACUCACAAUACAAGAAUAAGUUCAAAUUCUACACAGUCAACGCUGACCAGGAGAGAAGCAUCGCAUCACGUUAUGACAUAAAUCAUCUCCCGACCACUUUUGUCUUUAAAUACGGAGAAGCAAUGACUAAAGUCAUCGGACCUGAUCUAAAUAAGUUAGAGGAACUCGUCAAGGAGUACAUGUGA